AUGUCGCCCUCCUCGUCCUCGUCAGCAUUGUCUCCGCCGCGGCGCAUCCCAACACUCCGUCAUCCUUCAACCCUCCUCCAGUCGCCCCCCUCCCUGCGUCAGCGUCGUCCAAGCCGCCCCAAACCAUUUGUCAGCACCCACCACCCGAAUCGGCUGCCCAAAUCUCCCCACCGCCCACCCGCGUCAACGUUGACCGCCUCAAGUCCGUCGAUGUGUGCAGCCCUCCAAUUCGGAAUCUACGGCCUCCAUAUCGAAAUUUACGGCUACCCAGUCCGAACUUACGACCUCCAAUCGGAAUGUAAGGCUUCCAAAUCGGAAUGUACGGCUACCCAAUCGAAUUUACGACCUCCAAUCCGAAUGUACGGCCGCCAAUCCGACUGUACGCUCAAUUCUUUUCGCUUAACCGUCCCCACCGGCCUGCUCUCUGCCUCCUCUCCCACAGGUCUGCUCUCUGCAUCCAUCUUGCUGCCGCUUUAUUCUCUUCUUUUCCUACCACGCAAUCUACCCUGCGCUCGGCUACUCUGCGCGCAUACACUUGCUCCCGAGCACACGGAACGCUGCAAUAUCGCUCGCAAAUUCGCGCUCUCGUAUUGGCGGCCACGUCGUGCUCGCCGCUUCCCGCUGCGCGCCUCCCUCGCACCAACGGCGCCGAUUCCCUCGCACCAACCUCCUGCGCUUCCCCCUCGCACCAACGACGUUGCUUCCCUCGCCUCGACAAUCUCCCCCUUCUCAACCAUCUCCCCUCGUCCCACCACCAUCCUACCAAUCUCGCAUGCCCUGACAAGGGCUGAAUUAUUCGCAUACCCUGACGAGGGCUGUGUAUUUGCAUGCCCUGUCGAGCGCUGA